GGUCCUUGCUGUGAAGUGGAACUAGCCGCUACCCAGCGGUAUGGCGGCGGCGGCAGAGGAAGAGGCAACGGCGGCUCGGACAUUGCUGACUGCGGUGCUGCAAGACCUUGCCGCCGGACCUGAGGGGCAGCCGAGGCCGCAGAACCGGAGCGUGAGCCGUGACGAGGCCGAGGGGGAGCUGUCCGAAUCUGUGCUGAGGCUGGUGGGGGGCAGGAGCGGUCCGACUUGGCUGGCUGCCUGUUUAGUUAGAGUCGCUGUCCACCAGACCCUGCAGGCAGACUUGGACUCGUUUGUUGAGAGGAAGCAGGAUGUGGUGGAAGGAACAGAAAAUGAUGCACAGACUGAAGAUCUUCUCCGUUUUGACGCCUUACUUCAGCGUUGCCUUAGUUGUCUCCAAGAGAUUGCCAGCCAGUGGCAGAUACAGUUACCUUCACCACCAAGCAAUGCACAUAAUUUGUAUGUCUCUAUUCACGCCAUACGCAACACACGAAGGAAAAUGGAAGAUCGUCAUGUGUCAAUCUUGGAGUUUAACCAGCUAUUUGGCUUCACGGAUGGCGUUGAGCGAUCAUAUUUUGCCAUUUUUGAUGGGCACGGCGGGCUAGAUGCUGCUAAUUAUGCUGCUUCCCACGUUCAUGUCAUGGUGGCUCGUCAUGAGGCAUUGAUGUCUGAUCCAGCCAGGGCCUUAAAGGAAGCCUUUCAGCGUACAGAUGCUAUGUUCCUUAAAAGACAAGAAGACAGACUGCGUAGUGGUACCACUGGAGUGUGUGCACUUUUGGAAGGUGAUCGACUACAUGUGGCAUGGUUGGGCGACUCUCAAGCUCUUCUUGUACGGCAAGGGAAUCCAGUGACUCUCAUGGAGCCUCACAAGCCAGAGAGAGAGGAUGAGCGUGAAAGAAUAGAAUCUCUGGGAGGCUGUGUUACUUUUAUGGGGUGCUGGCGAGUCAAUGGGACUCUUGCUGUGUCCAGAGCUAUUGGUGAUAUUGAUCAAAAACCAUAUGUGUCUGGAGAAGCAGAUGUGUCCUCACAUACCCUCAGUGGCUCAGAAGACUUUCUUGUCCUGGCUUGUGAUGGUUUUUAUGAUGCAGUGUCUUCAUCUGAGGUUCCUGGCCUUGUUUUAGGUUAUCUUCAGGAGAAUGGUGAAGAUGGACAACAUGUUGCUGAAAGGCUGGUGUCAGCUGCUAAAGAAGGAGGCUCUAGUGACAAUAUCACUGUUAUGGUUAUCUUUCUUCAGGACCCUGCCAAAGUCUUAGAAGAUUAUUUAGCACAUGGAAGUGGGGAAGGUGAACCCUUGUUUGAUUUUGGAGGUGGAGGAGUGGAGGUUGCCUCAGACCAUGCAGGUUGAGAUCUCUUUUUACUGACCUAACAAUCUCAGGACCAUUUUGUAAGGAAAGGUAGUGGUAGACUGUUUACCUCACUUAGGUUUUAGGCAGAAUCUUCUUCAGGUAGUCUAAAUCUCCAAGUUGUCCAACACAGAUCUGUUUAAUCACAACAAAAGCAAGUGAAGAGUUUCCCUGUGGCAUUGAGCAGGAGCUUUAAAGGGACAAUAAUUAGAGGGGAAAAAACCACUGUAUUAUACUAUAUAUCUUGGUGAUGCAGACUGUAGAUCAGCAUGCCCACUUGUCAGUAUGACUGUGUGGAAGCCAGAGGUUACGCUACAUUUUUUCUGGAAGAGUAAAAAUACUCCUCUUACCGUUUUUGAGGAGUAUUUUUAGCCGAUGAGGAGUACGAGUUACAGUAAUUCAA